AUGUCGUUAAAGGCAUGUCUUGAAAGUCAUGCGUUGGGCGAGCUCGUACGCGCUAAAGGCAUCAUGGUGGACGUGCCGCAUAGUGCACCAGGUAUACCUAUCGUAUGCUCAUAUGCGUACACUCAUCCCUUGCGCUCUUCGUCCCCCGCGGCCCCCUCCCCUCCUUCCCCUCUCCCCCGCGCGGCAGUGCGCGAUGCGCUGCAGCUGAUGCGCAUGCACGGCAUCUCCGCGCUGCCCGUAUGGGCGCCGCCCAACGAGUGGGUGGGCGCGGGGGGCUCCUCCAUCAUGGUCGCGGAUGGCAGCACGGGGGGCGGGGGCGCAGGGUCAGGCGCUUCAGAGGUGGUAGACGCGGGCGAGGGGGCGGGGGAGAGGCGGGGUGGCGAGGGCGCGGGCGCGGGGGCGGGCGCGGGGAGGGCGCGGAGGCAGUACAUAGGGAUGGUGAGCGUGCUGGACGUGCUGAUGCACUUCGCGCAGUCGUGCUCCUGCGACGACCCCUCGUGGGCGCUCGACGUGCCCAUCUCCACCCUCAUCGGCCACUGCCUCGAAGGGCUCUCCUGCUGGACGCUCCCCUUCCACCUCUCAGUGCUGGACUCCUUGGAGCCAAUGAGCAAGGGCGUGCACCGGGUGCUGCUGCCACUGCCAUCCGCGGACCGCCCCCCCUCGGGCCCCAUCGUGCCACUCUCCGCUGCCACUCACAGCGGCUUCUCCCGCGGCCUCCUCACCACCGGCUGUGCCCCCGCCUACACUAUUCUUAACCAGGUCGAUCUGAUCAAGUUCAUGAUAGGUGAAGCACAGGCAGAGACAGGCGGGCAGCACCAUCACUUCAAGUCCAGCAGCAGCAGCGGCAGCACCGCCAGUCCUGUACCCUCCUCCUCCUCCUCCUCCUCCGGUGCUGCUCCUGCUGCCACGGGCAGUGGCAAGUCUCUAGCAGAGCUGCUGCAGCUGUCGGUGAAGGAAGCGGGGGCGGUGCAUGGGACGGUGUUUGCGGUGCCGGCGAGCAUGAAGGUGCUGGACGCCAUUCGCUGCAUGCAGCAGGCGGCUGUGGCUGCCGUGGCUGUGCUGGAGCCCACGCCUGACGACAAGCUCGAUGACCCCAUGCUUACUUUUGGCCAAGGCCGUUGCCUGGUGGGGACACUGUCAGCCAGUGACCUGCGCGCCUGCGGUGAGGAAGCAGCGCUCACAGCGCUGUGUGUACCUUCCCUCCCUUCGCACCCCCCACCCACCCCCUUCUCAUCAUGUCACCAGGGCCAAGGGCGUUGCUUGGUGGGUACGUUGUCUGCUAGCGACCUGCACGCCUGCAGUGAGGAGGCAACGCUCACAGCACCAUGUGCUCCUGCCCUCCCUUCCCACCCCCUCACCCACCCCCCCCAAUCAUGUCACCAGGGCCAAGGGCGUUGCCUGGUGGGCACGUUGUCCGCUAGCGACCUGCGUGCCUGCAGUGAGGAGGCAGCGCUCACAGCCCUCCCCUGCUUGACUGUCGGUGACUUCCUCGUCACUCUCUCUGUCGCUCAAGACGUCGGAAUUUCCGCCGCUUUCAGCCCGUAUGCCCCCCCUCCCGCCCUCGCCACCCUUGCGUCAAAUUCCCCGGCAUCGUCUCCCGCUCGCGUGUGUGAGGCGAGGUCCAUGGUUCCGAUUACUUGCCGAGAGCAUUCGCGGCUAGGCGCGGUUAUGUCUCAAGCGAUUGCUGGGCGCGUGCAUCGGGUGUGGGUGGUGGCGGAUGACUCCUCGGGGAUUCUUGUGGGCGUGGUGACCUUGUCGGACAUUCUGCGGUGCAUACGAGAGCAUGCUGAGGGGGAGCGAUAA